AUGAAAAAUUUAAGAGGAGCCAUCUGGGAAGAAAUCCUCUACAAUGAAAUGCGCGAGGAGGAGAGGAAGUGCCUGCAGCAUAUGAUGUUAAACGAUAUAUGUGGGGAUGCAGAAUCAAGUCAAGAUGAUGCACGCAACAGAGGAGAAGUCAACCCAAAUGACUUCAUCUUUACAAAUACACACAGUAACAUUUUUGAGAGUUAUUCAGACCAUGAGACGUAUAACGAGGUCAUAGAGUUGCUCAGGAAGACAGAUGUAGUGGACAAUGUGGGGAGUAAACUUGAGGGGAAUCCCAACUUCGUUAGCGGAGUGGAGGCGGUGGACAUAAAGGACUUCAUGAACUUCGACCCAGUGUUUGUUAAGGUGUACCACGAGAGGGGCGCAACGCAUGGGGGAUACACUACAGGGGAAGCCACGGUAGAGGAGAAGAAAAAGGAAGAAGAAAAAGAAGAAGAAAAACCCGACAGAGAGACCUGCCCUGUGGAGGGAGCAGAACAGAGGAAGCUCUCGAAGGAGAAGGACGCCCGGGCGAGCGACGACUUCAGCGACGACGAUAUUUACACCCCCAAGGCGCUGAAGAGGAAAAGGGAAGAGGGGGAGAAAGAGAAACGGAAAAUUAAAAACCAGGGAGGUAGCCAAAGUGGUCAUCAAAACCGAAGCGGCAACCAAAGCCGUUUACGAAACGACUCCACAGGGGAUACCAGCCAGGAAAGCUCCACCCGUUCGGUGAGGAAAAUUAAGCAUAAGAGGAGAACCCACGUGUCUGACAGCUCUGAUGGCAACAGUGGCGACAGCUCCGCCUCAUCGGUGAGGAGAACCACGCGAAAGGGGAAGAAAAGCGGCAUGGCUACCACCAACAGGGAGAAGAAAACAGAGGAGUCCUAUUCCUCCAUAAAAACAAAACAGAAGGAGGCCUUCUCCAACGCAUUCGACAUACUGAUAAAACGAAAAAACGAAAAGAAUGAAGAAGCCAUUAAAGCAUUCAACGAUAUCAAUUUAAGAAAAAGACGAAAUAGAAACAUCACGAAGAGUGCAGAAAGCCAUAGUAAUGAAGAGUCGUCGACAAACGAUUACCGAGUAGGAAGUCGAGUAGACCGGACAAAUGAUAGAAGGGAUGAAAGAAGGAGGAGUCAUAAAAAAAAUAUGGAUGAUUCGAAAGAAGGAUGUGAAGACAUUCCAGACAAAUAUCAACACUUGAUUGACCAAGGAUUAGAAGUCAACAUUUUACGCUACGCCCUAAGUAUGAAAAUGAGUUCCAACGAACACGUAAAAGAAUCGGACAUCAUCGGGCUCUAUGACAUUAAGAAGAUUAUAAAAGACAAAAUUGUGAAUGUCAUUUUGAGACCAGAUUUAUUUACAGGGCUGAAUAGAGCUGCAAAAGGGAUACUACUUUUUGGCCCCCCAGGCACAGGCAAAACGAUGAUUGCCAAGUGGGUGGCCUCUCAUUGUAAAUGCUCUUUCUACAAUGUAAGCACGUCAUCCCUGUUUAGCAAAUACAUUGGAGAGACGGAAAAGAUCGUAACUUGUCUGUUCAAAUGUGCAGAGGAGGACAAUCCCUCUAUCCUCUUUUUCGACGAAAUAGACUCCAUCCUAGGUAUGCGUAAAAAUGACGAAGACGAUACUACUAUACGGAUUAAAAAUCAACUGCUACAAAUGAUUGAUGGGAUUAACACUAAGAAGGAUGUUGUCAUUGUGAUUAUCGGCGCGACCAAUCGACCUGACAUGAUCGAUGAUGCUGCGCUGAGGAGAUUCAAUAAGAGAGUCUAUAUCCCCCUGCCAGAUUUAGAUGCAAGGAAAGAGCAAAUACGUUACAUCAUCACGAAGCACACCCACUCUGGCUUCCAAAUGAGUGAAAAUGAGCUGGACUCCAUUUCGCAUAAGUUGCAUAACUGGAAUGGAAGCGACAUCUACCACCUCUGUACCAAGUGUUACGAAUAUGUUUAUGAUGAUGCUGUGGAACAGUACAACGGAAUUGAGAAUAUUCCAAACACGUCCAUCUUCAGGGCCAUCCGAUACGACGACUUUAUCAAGGCUAUGUCCCAGGUGAACACGUCCUACAAGUGCGUCUUCGACUACGACGAGUGGAGUCGGAAGCACGGCUCGCUCUGA